AUGGGUCUCUUCAGUACGUCGUCCGAAGCGCCAGCCAAGGCCACCCGCGAGGAGAUGCGCGAUGCCAAGCUCCCUAUAGCCUACCGCGAUAGCUGUGCCAACCUCCUGAUGCCCCUCAACCGAUGCCGCGUCGACACAUACUACCUGCCGUGGAAGUGCGAGGAUGAGCGCCACAGUUACGAGAAGUGCCAAUACGAAGAGUUCAAGAAGCGCGUGGCCAAAAUGGACGAGCUACGGGCCUCCAAGGGCGGCGCGCGGAGUAAUUAA